AUGCGGGGUGGUUCUCCAUAUCAAGAACCGACCAGCGAAGCCAGCCCCCAUAAAAAGAUAACUUGGGACAGCAUUGCCAUCCAUACCAAGUGCUUCGAAAAGUGCGGAAGCUCUGAGGCGUUUGUGUCGGCUGCAUUUAUCCAUCACGUAAAUAAUCCCCAUGAAAAAAAAGGACCCGAUGUUAGCAAUGUAGCAUGUAUGUAA